GAGGGACUCACCUAUUCACGCUUGAAAAGGAGUCUGAAAUGACCCACAUGGAACGCAUCCCGGGGCGGUCUCGCGUAUUAUCGGGCUCUGUCGGCUUAUUCCGGCGUAUCUCAGUCAGUUAGCUAGCCAAGCUGAUUAGCCUGCCACUACCAGCUAAUGUUUGCAGGAUAUUUAAUGUUAGCUGAAUUGGAGUGGAUGAUACAAACAGUUUAGAAAAAUGGCGGACGUCGAGGGACAAGGAAUUUGUUCAUCGGUCCCUCCGUUGCCUCACCCUUCCGCUCGUAACGGCUCUGGUGGCGGUAACGUUACACCGGGCACCGGCGGCAGCUGCCAGACGACAACCACCGUUACUUCGGGCCCACGGCUUGUUCGGAUAGUGAAGUCUGACUCGGGCUAUGGUUUCAAUGUUCGGGGACAAGUUAGUGAAGGAGGGCAGCUACGGAGCAUCAACGGGGAACUGUACGCCCCACUGCAGCACGUUAGUGCUGUUCUACCGGGAGGUGCAGCCGACAGAGCCGGUAUUUCGAAGGGGGACCGGAUUCUUGAGGUUAAUGGAGUGAAUGUAGAAGGAGCAACCCAUAAGCAGGUGGUGGACCUGAUCCGGGCUGGGGAAAGGGAACUGGUCCUGGCUGUGCUGCCCGUUCCGCCCCAAGAGGCCGACUGCUUGGAUCCCGGGGACGACGGUUCAUCUCAGUCCUGCUACGACUACUCCGACAAGCAGGCCGUCCCCAUCUCUGUGCCUAGCUACAAACACACUGAGCUCAACCAGGAAAAGUUUGUGGUAUAUAAUGUGUACAUGGCAGGCAGGCAGCUGUGCUCCAAACGUUACCGGGAGUUUGUGAUCCUACACCAAAACCUUAAGCGGGAGUUUGCCAACUUUACAUUCCCCAAGCUGCCUGGGAAAUGGCCUUUUUCCCUGUCGGAGCAGCAGCUGGAUGCACGACGCAGAGGCCUUGAAGAAUACUUGGAGAAAGUGUGCUCUGUUCGGGUAAUUGGAGAAAGUGACAUCAUGCAGGAGUUCCUGUCUGAAUCAGAUGAGAACUAUAACGGCGUGUCAGAUGUGGAGUUGAGAAUAGCCAUGCCCGAUAAAACCACACUCACUGUCAGAGUUCGCAAAAACUGUACUACAGACCAGGUCUACCAGGCUGUUGUUAUGAAACUAGGGAUGGACAGUGUAACAGCCAGCUACUUUGCUCUGUUUGAGGUCAUCAACCACACUUUUGUGCGUAAGCUUGCCCCCAACGAGUUCCCCCACAAACUGUAUGUACAGAACUAUACCUCAGCCAUCCCAGGAACCUGCCUCACCCUGCGCAAGUGGCUCUUCACCACCGAAGAAGAGAUUCUGCUCAAUGACAACCAGCUUGCCGUCAAUUAUUUCUUUCAUCAGGCUGUGGAUGAUGUAAAGAAAGGCUUCAUCAAAGCAGAGCAGAAGUCUUACCAACUGCAAAAGCUGGCAGAGCAGAAGAAAAUGUCCAUGUACCUGAGUUUGUUGAGGGGUUGUGAGGGCUACAACGAGAUCAUAUUCCCCCACUGUUCCUGCGACUCGCGACGUAAAGGCCACGUCAUCACAGCCAUCAGCAUUCACCACUUCAAGCUGCACGCCUGCACAGAGGAAGGGACACUCGAGAACCAAGUGAUUGCAUUUGACUGGGGGGAGAUGCAGAGGUGGGACACUGAUGAAGAGGGCAUGGCAUUCUGCUUUGAAUAUGCACGGGGAGAGAAGAAACCUCGCUGGGUCAAAAUAUUUACACCUUAUUUUAACUACAUGCAUGAGUGUUUUGAGAGAGUCUUCUGUGAGCUGAAGUGGAGGAAGGAGGUGGAAGAGGAGGCUACAGACAAGGACAAUAAGAACUGCAGUAAAGAUGGUAUGUGUGGCAAGAAUAUUUUCCAGCUGCUGAGGCACAGAAGGGAUGGAGGCACCUAGGAAGGGAGAUUGUUACCUCUUAACUACACACCAUCGUCAUCAACUCAGCUCAGUUUUGGUCCUCAUCCAGCCCCACACCCAGCAGCACUCAGCUAUUAACUACACUGUCGUUAUUUACACGUCAACUACAACCUGAGAAACUACCCCCAAUACAUACAAACCAACAAAUGUCUGCAAAGGAACAAAUCAAAUACACAGAAGCAUUAAAAACUACUCACACAUGAACCAGGGACUCUUAAAUCCAGCAAAUCAUAAUCAUGCACUAAGCAGAGCUCUGUCAAAAACAAAUGAGGCAUCUACAGACUUGAAGUCAGAGAUCCAUGCAAGCAUUUUUUUUUUUCUCUCUCACUGGCAGGGACUUGAAGUGGAAUGUGACAUGCAAAUAAGGAGGUUCUUCGAGCCUCCUCUGAAGUAGUCCCUACAUGGACAAGAACCGUAAGCAAAUAAGGAAUUUAUGGUGGACUAACAAGGGAAAGCGAAAGCUGUUAGUGGUCGGACAGGGGAACACAGAUAACACGGAUCAGCAAUACUGAGGGCGGACUACAGGGAGACACUUAGCUUCUCAAUUUAUGGAUCGAGAGUGUCCUCCUUAACUAUUUGUGCAGGGGAUGCCCUAGAAAUACAGAGGUGUGGCUCUCAGAAUGUAAAUCACACCUGCAUCAUGUCACAUACAUAAGUUUUCAUCUGUUUGGCGCUAAAUCUGUAUUUAUAAAAGAAAAUUAUUAACAUUGUAAUGUGGCAAAGGAGAGAAGGGUGAGAGAAAGCAGACAUUUUGUAGGACUGUUAUUUGGGUGCACACAGCACGUGAACAGAAACACGUUAAACGUUAGACUAAUGUUGCACUUUAUCCAACAGUAUUAACAACCCCUAGAUGUGGGAAAUGUAACCUUAAAAGCAGACAGUGGGCAUAAUACUGGAAUAAGCCUGGUCUUUUUUGUUUAUAUUCAUUUUUUACUGACUACAGUAUGAUUAAUGCAUUGCAUCAUCAAUUGGUGUGUGCAAUGUGCAGAGCCAUGCAUUAAGUUUUUAUGUGUGUAUAAUGUUAUGUUAAGUCUCCAUGCGAAUGUUGUGAGACCAAUGUAGGGCAGCAGCGAUGUGGAGCACUGACCUGGCAGUUGGCAGCAUAGUCCCGUGUUUUUACUGUGUAUUACCCAGACAAGACAGCAGGGGUCCUCCUCUCCCUACCUGCUCUCUGGCUGCCUGAUGGUGAUUACUUUGUUUCUGAGAGCUCCCACAGGAUUUAUAAUAGGCAUGUAAUUCAAACGGCCUUUCCAGGCAGUGCUGUUUAUCUCUGCAGCUGGUACGAUCUUCUGCUGUUAAACCGCUCAUGCACUCCAGAUGCAGGUUAAGUGGGAUGAGGAUUUCUAAGCAAAAAACAGCAGCUUGCACUCUCCAUCAACAUGAUAAAUAUGAAGAUCACUGCGCACAUUCACUAAAGGCUUUGUAGCAACUGAUCACCCGACUGCAGUCUAAGGAAACAAACUGUCCCUCUUAAAUAAGCCCAGUUAGUGUUGUAAAUCUUAGAAUAAUGUAAUAAUGAUAAUAGUAAUGUAAUAAGGUAUAACAUAAUAUCUGAUGAUGCAAUACUGACUCCAGUCAUUAAUUACAUCAUUAACCUCUGUGUGCUAUAGUUCCUACUUAAUCCUGCAGAUAUUACAUGUUCAUUUGAUACUCGCUUUUAAGAGAUGAGCCCUCUUAUUAAGGCUGGGUGAUAUGGUUGGAUAUUUCCCAAAAAUCAAUAAACUUUAUAUCACAACGUUAAUUUAUGCAAAAUCACAUGUAAAAUAAUUAAAUUGAUGGUCAAAGCAAAGACCUUUGUUCAACUGUUAAACAUUACAUAAGACCAAACUUAAUAUGUGCAAAACAAAAACAGAUUUUCUAACCAGUUUUUGAGUCUUUAAGUUGGACAACAGGGUUUUGUAAAAUGAUAAUACAAUAAGAUUGUGUGAUCAUGAUAUGAAGCCACUGAAUGUCAAUAAAUGAUAAUAUUCAAUUAUCACCCGGCCCUAACGCCUAUUCAUCUCGUAAUGAGAAUAUUAACAGUAUUUUUGUUACCUUCAAGUAAGGAGUCAUAGACUGACAUCAGUGGAUCUUGCUAAUGGUGCUUGUUAUGAUGAUGGUGCUGUUCUAAAAAGCCAUGUUGGGUGAUUAAUGAGCUUCAACAGACCUUGGUGGGUGUGUAAAACUGGUUUAAUUGAAUGUGUUGAGGCUUGAAUUGAGCGACUCAAUGUCCGAUCCUAAAGGCUGAGCGCAUUUCCCAGGAUUCUUGUCUGUCUACUGAACCAUGUCUGAAGCAGUCGAUUGUCUGACAUUGUCUGAUCUGCCUACCUUCAAGUGUGUGCUCUCUUCGGCUCACCCCUCUCUCUUUUCUCUCUCUCUCAUCCUGACUAAAGUCAAGAAGUCACUCACAUUAUUUAUACCAGUAAGAUACAAAGUUAAAUUCAGCAUCUCUGUUGUUAAGUUGUUUUCACUUGAUAUGGUUUGGCCUUCAAAGAGUCAGGCAAAGAAGAGAGGACAGAGAUUGACAACCUGCAGGUUCUUUUGACAUGUUGAAAUGUAAAAUUUGAGACAAAGUGUUUGGUUACGUCGCUUACUGUAAUAAAUUGUAACAUAUUCUUUUAAAUAAACCAAUUUAUUGAUGCAAA